CAUUGCCGCGAGAGCCCCACUCCUCCACCUCUACUGUACGGCGCACGGCCUGCUGCUGCAGCUACAGCUAAUACUGGUGGAGGCAAGAAUGUCACCGGCUCUCCUCUGCAGCCAGACGACCUGAUCGCUAGGACGGAUCCGUUUAACUUUUGAAAUUCAAAAGACACCUCAACGAUGGUGUGCGUCAUUCCACCUUUACGGACACAUUUUGUCGCGGCUGUCUUUACAUUUUUUGCUCUGUGGGGAUGUGCGCUUUCCAUCAACCGGUACUCGAUUCCGGAGGAGAUGGAAGUAGGCUCCUUUGUUGCCAACCUGGCCACGGAUUUGGCUCUGGAUGUUCGCAGUUUUGUGCGGCGCAACGCGAAGCUUGAUGUCAUUCACAGCAAAAAUUACAUCGACAUCAACAAAGAAACAGGGGAGCUGGUGAUACGCGAGAAGAUAGACCGGGAGAGCAUAUGCAUGACUAAAGCGACCUCGUGCUUUCUGAAAAUGGAUGUCAUACUGGAAAACCCCAUUCGCAUUUUUAACAUCGAGUUGGAAAUCAUGGACAUCAACGACAACGCGCCGGUGUUCCGCAGAAGGACAAUGCACUUGGACAUAUCGGAGGCAACCCCUCCCGGUGAGCGAUUUUCAUUGACUAACGCCGUGGAUGCGGACGUGGGGGCGAACUCAAUCAAGACCUACUAUCUCAGCGAAAGCCAGUACUUCAACAUCGACAUACAAACCGGCAGCGACGGCUCCAAAUAUGUCGAUCUGGUGCUGAAUGGUCAUUUGGACCGAGAGGAGCACACGGUUCAUAAUUUGAUUUUAACCGCUGUGGAUGGAGGGGUGCCUCCCCGCUCCGGCACAGCCAGCAUCGUCAUCAACGUCCUGGAUAUCAACGACAACGCCCCCCUGUUCAGUGAGCCGGUGUUUGCGGUUAACGUCUCGGAGAACACCGCCGCGGGCACGGUGGUCAUGACAUUAAACGCAACAGACCUGGAUGAAGGCACAAACGCUCAGCUAAUGUACUCAUACACGCUGUACACCUCGGAGAAGACUCAAGAGCUCUUCUCACUGGAUCCAAACACAGGUGAGAUCAAGGUGAAGGGGGUGAUCGACUAUGAGGAGGACCAGAGAUUUGAGAUGCACAUACAGGCUCAGGACAGAGGCCUGAAUCCCAAGACAGGAAAUUGUAAAGUCACGGUUUUCGUCACAGAUCUGAAUGAUAACUACCCCGAGGUGACCAUAAAGUCUGUGAAAAGUUCUCUAACGGAGGACGUCUCUGUGGGGACACUGAUAGCCGUGAUCAGCGUCAGCGACAGAGACUCUGGAGCCAACGGGCAAGUGGAGCUCGCCUUGAAUAAGCAGGAAUCUUUACCGUUCCUCCUGAACAAAUCUUCUGAGGGUUACUUUGAGCUGCUGGUUUCGAAGCCACUGGACAGAGAGGUAAUAAGCAAGUACGACAUCACGCUGAGGGUGACCGACAAAGGCUCGCCGCCCUUAUCUGAAAACGAAACCAUCACCUUGGAGGUUCUGGAUAUCAACGAUAACACACCCACAUUCUCCCAGUCCUUCUACACGAUCCAUGUCGUGGAGAAUAAUCUACCUGGGGCGUUAUUAACAUCUCUCAGUGCGUUUGACCCCGAUCUCAGUGAGAACCAGUACUUAGUCUAUUUCAUAAUGGAGAAGGAGAUUGUUAACACGUCAAUGUCAAUGCUGUUUUCCAUCAACCCUGAGAAUGGUGAUCUCUAUGCCCUGAAGACCUUUGACUAUGAGAGGGAGAGGGAUUUCCUCUUCCACAUCGAAGCUCGAGACUCUGGUGUUCCCCCGCUGAGCAGCAAUGUGACAGUUCACAUCAUCAUCCUGGACCAAAACGACAACACCCCCGUCAUAGUGUCACCUUGGCGGGCGCAGGGCUCUGUGGUAGAGGAGGUCAUACCAAGGUCUACAGAUAAGGGGCACCUGAUCGCCAAAGUGAUUGCCAUUGAUGCAGACUCUGAGCAGAACGCUAGGGUCACGUAUCAGCUCCUGCAGAUCAGCGACCCGAGCCUAUUCAGUCUGGAUCAGUACAACGGGGAGAUCCGGACAUCAAGGAUGUUCAGUUACAGAGACCCAAGACAGCAGCGGCUGGUGAUCGUCGCCAAAGACAACGGCCAGCCCGCUCUCUCAGCCACUGUCACUAUCAAGAUAUCAACGGUGGAACACGUCAGGUCCUUUUCAGAGACCACGGAGCUGCCGCUAGAGUACGACGUCUUCACAGACCUAAACCUGUACUUAGUUAUUGGUUUAGGGGCUGUGUCAUUUCUGCUACUGAUAACCAUCUUAGUUAUUAUUGUGUUGAAGUGUCAAAAACCAAAGCCAAAGGCCUUCAAGAUGCCCCCCGCCAACAGAAACAGUGUGGUCAGCAGGAACAGCGUAAUCAGCCAGAGAAGCUCCACCAUUGCAGAUUCCACCCUGAUCUCCAGCGAUGCCUACUGGUACAGUUUGUUCCUUGCUGAGACCAGGAAAGGCAAAGUGGUCAUGAGACAGCCCAUAAUUCCCAAAGGAGCUGGGUAUUUUGUGUCCAGUAUACCCAGGAGCAUAGGGCCAAGUGAGAACACAGACUCCAGAGCGUCCACACUGGAGUACUCAAAAUGACAGGAAGUCCAUUCUACAACUGGAGCAGGUGCCCAGAAGAGAACGGCCAUGAUAUAACCAAAUCUUCGUGAGAGUCUCUGACUGGAAUGCUUCCCUGUGACUCACAAAGAAUAUGUGAAACAUCUGUCCACCUUCAGUCCCUCUGCUCCAACUUGUUCUUUCUCUCUAGUAAAUAGAAACAUCGACCACAAACCACCUCAGCUUUCUACCUUCUUUUGUCUCUUAAGCAUGGAUCUGCAUGAUUCUACAAUAUUUGAAAUAUUUGGACAUAGGAUUGAAAUCAUUUAUGGCAGGCUAUUUUGACAUUGUCCUCAGACGUUGCCUCGUCUAGUAAAUAAUUCCCUCCUUAAAGCGUUGAAUCUCCUCAGUGGACAUAUUUGCCUUCUCUCCAGGGUUUACUCUGUGUGCUGUAGUUCUAGAAACCAUUAGUAGGUCAACAUAUACGUAAGUGGCAAACAUGCAACCUUUUCUAAGCAAGAGCUCAAAACACGCCUAUUCACAAUUACACGUAUGAAAACCAGGGUGAAUAUGAUUCUUCCGUAAAGCUGAUAAAUGCUGAACUGUAGCUGGUAACUGAUUCAGGAUUUUCACUCUGUGUUGAUCUUUUCUGAAUAGUAUUUUCUACCGUAUUAAGAGUCUUUCUGUUCAGCAAGAUUCCGAGUCAAUUAGUAACUUGCUGAUAAAAUAUUCAAUGAUCUGACUCUUUUUUUUUUUUUUACAAUGUUUGUUCUACACAACAGUGAUGAAUGUGUGAAAUGACAAAAAAAGAAUGAAAGAAAGCAAAAAAAAAUGAGAUCCAUGAUUCUAACUUUAUUUGAUUGUAGAUAAUUUAGUUGUAUUGAAAUUAUAAUGAGGUCAGAGAGGCAAAUGACUUUUGAUAACCUCACUAACAUCAGGUGGUCAGUUCAUACCUUAUUGACGUAUGUGUUGGUAUAUCUAAAUUGGACACAUUGUUUUCUAGCAGUAUCCGGGAGUCAUAAAUUACAGUGUUUGAGGUUGAAUGCAGGAGGUGUGUCCGCUGUAUGACAUCACACACAAAUUCCCACCAAUAGAUCUCUCCAAAAUAUUUACUGCAAUAAUUCAAUGCACACAGUGCGAGAAAUGUAAGAAAAUACGAAAUAUUUUGUAUUGAUAAAUACUCUGUUUAUUGAAAAGAUUACAAAUAUAAAAAUGUAUGAUCUUUACCAUGGUACAAGAGGGUAUUAGGUCCUUUCGAGGUAUUGUUUUAUGAAUAUUCAUGUUUUUAUAGAUAUUUUAUGUAACUACAUUUUACUGCUGCUUUUGUGAGCUUCUUCAAGGGCAUUUUGUGUUGCAUAUUUGUAGUUUAGUGCAUAUGAUGUAGUUUUGCCUAUAUGAGUUACAAAUUGAAACUAGAGUACUUUUGUUGACCUCAAAGGGUAGUGCUGUUGCACUUCUGUGAAGCCCAGGACUUUCAUUUCUCAGAGACAAGGUGCUCAUGAGGACCACUUAUUACAAUGCUGAACAAUAGUCUAAUUGGGUGAGGUAGGGAGACAGGAUUGAGUGAAGGGGAGCAAAGUGCUAAUUAUAGUCACAGUAUUCUAGAGCUGACUCUGCAAGUUUGCUAGCAAAAAAAUAUAGCCAAUGCAUAAGAAGCAUUAAGCAGAUCACAGCACUUUGAAAUAUGUACCACAUCUAAAUGUGAUCGCAGCACUCACUUGGUAAUGCAGCUGAGAGAGAACAUUUCUGAGUAAGUGAAAUCUAACCUCCCUCUCUCUCUCUCUCUUUUACCCUCUCCCACUGAUGCCUGGUGCUGGUGGUGCACCAGCCAUCCCAGACAUAAACACAGCUAUCUGUCAGACUAAAGAUGUCACUUAAUGAGGGAUCUCUUGCUGUGGAGUACAUGUUAUGUGUGCAAUCAACGCCUGAACCGGUUGAAUCCAACAGUGUUUAUGAAUGGGAAUACUUUAAUGAAUUGCACAUACGAUGAGCUCCUUGCGUGCCUUCUGCAUUGUAAAAGAUAUAUGUGACUGUUCAUGAAUGAAAUAAAGGCAUGACGUACAUUACAAAUUACAAAAAUGACAGUACCCCAAUGAUGAAAUACCAUGAAUUGAGAACAUGUUGCUGGAUAUGAGCUCAGCCUUUGGGUUUCAUGUUCUACUAAAAACCGGUAAAUGCAUUUACUGUAAAUUGAACUGCUUUAUACUAUGUUUUUUAUACAGUAGACGUUUUUGAUAUCUAUCUGUCUUCACUGUGAUCAAAUGGCGCAGGAGUUCCUUGUGCUUGGUAUAGUAAAAGUGUGUUUUUUCUUAAUUGUAUACACCACUCAGUUUUUUUCCUCUGCUAAUUUGCCAGUAAAAUUGUACAGUAUGCUUUGGGAAUUGCAUCAAAACCAAUCCAGUUCCAUCUCACUUAGUAGAUCAAAGACAGUAUGGGAGAAAUGGUCUUGCUUUUUUUCAAGUCUAGUUAAUUGUCAAGUUUUUUGAUGUUGCUUAUUUGGCUUAAAUGUUCUGCCUGAUCAUGCUAGUUUGAAUAAAGCUUUUUAAUCUC